AUGCCCAUCAUGGAUCGUCUGUCAAUUUUGUUUUGCAUCCUACAAUACUUCUCGGCGUGCGUCUUCGCGGCCGUGAGCUACCCCGAUAUUCCUAAAGAUCCAUCCACGCCGGUACAGCAGAGAAUUGCCAUCAAGGGAAAAAACAGCAUUUCGGUAGCAUGGAAUACUUACCAGAAACUUGACAAACCCUGCGUCUCUUACGGAAAAUCUCCUAAGAGACUUCAUUCUACGCAAUGUUCGACCCACUCAGAAACAUACCCAACCUCGCGAACGCACUUCAACGUCGUCAUUCUUGAGAACCUGAAAAGCGGUACCACUUAUUAUUACAAGAUAUUGUCCACCAACUCCACGACGGAAUCGUUUUUGAGUCCUCGGGAGCCAGGAGAUACGACGCCUUUCUCGUUCAAUGCAGUCAUUGAUUUGGGGGUCUAUGGGAAAGAUGGCUUCACGUUGGAUCAAGGCAGUCCUUCGCAUCAUAAGCGUAGUGCAUUGGCAACAGUGGAUCCAAGUCUGAACCAUACCACAAUUGCGAGGCUGCAUGAGACGAUUGAUGACUAUGAACUUGUUCUCCACCCAGGAGAUUUUGGCUACGCUGAUGAUUGGUUUCUCAAACCCAAAAAUAUCCUGCAUGGCACAAAUGCCUACUCCGCAAUCCUCGAAUCUUUCUACAACCAGCUUUCCCCCAUUACCUCUCGCAAACCCUACAUGGCGUCUCCAGGAAACCACGAGGCGACGUGCGGUGAAAUCCCCGCCCUCUCCCUCCUCUGCCCAGAAGGCCAACGCAACUUCACAGACAUCCUAAUCCGCUUCGGAGCCACAAUGCCCACAGCCUUCCCCUCCUCCUCCAAAUCCCCCACCGCGCAAGCAUCAGCUGAAAACGCUUCUUCCCUCGCCCUUCCACCCUUCUGGUACUCCUUCGAAUACGGAAGCGUGCACUUCACCAUGCUAAACACCGAAACCGAUUUCCCAAACGCACCAGAUCAACCCGGCGGCAACCAACAUCUCUACGCCGGCCCCUUCGGCAAAACCCUCGACCAACAGCUCAAAUUUUUAGAAGCCGAUCUCGCAUCCGUGGAUCGCUCUGUGACUCCCUGGCUCGUCGUAUCUGGCCACCGCCCCUUCUACACCACAUCCUCGUCCUCCCGUUGCGGGUACUGCCAAAAGGCCUUUGAGCACCUCUUCUACAAAUACGGCGUUGAUCUCGGCGUUUUCGGGCACGUACAUAACUCGCAGCGUUUUAACCCCAUCUACAAGAAUGUUCCUGAUGAGAACGGGUUGGAGGGCCCGAAGGCGCCGUUGUAUAUUGUUGCAGGGGGUGCGGGAAGUAUUGAGGGUCUUUCGAAGAUGGGGAAGGGGUAUGGGAGUUUUGAGUUUGGGUAUGAUGAGGACUUUUCGUUUGCUGGGAUCGAUAUUAAAAGUGAGGAGAAGUUGGGGGUUCGAUUUUUGAGGAGUCGGAGUGGGGAGGUGCUGGAUGAGGUUGAGUUGACUAAGAAGAGGGAUGGCAGGUUCAUUAGGCAGGAGGAAUAGAGAGGGCGAAGUAAUCCGAUAUAUAAUGAAGAAGCGAUUGUAAUGAAUAUAGUGGGAAGAGGGGGCGGAAGUUAGUCUAAUAAUAUGAGGAGUCUUGCUUGCUGCUAAGUAUCUAUAAACUUGGCAGAAAACCAACCAUCU